GCCAGAAUGGCCAACACUUGGAAGGCUGCUUACUUAUGCUUAUCGCUUAUCACAUCUUGUAGGAUCUCACGUUCGUGGUACUUGUCCUUCGGGUCGCGACAUCCCCGGUUCUUGCCCACUGCUUCUCCCUCAGUCACCUCCUUUGCACGCAUCUCUUUUCUUACGCUAUAUAACGCACACCGUGCACGCAGAAAGGGAACCCCAGUCUUGAGGCAUCGUAUCUCGCCUCGCUGCUCCAUCAGUCAUGGAAGAGAAGGCUGAGAAUACAGAGUCGACCAAAGGCCGCGAUCUAGACGCGCGUCAUGCAUCGAUUCGACUAGAUCUGGAUGCUGGUGUGCAGAAACUUCGAACAAGAAAGCGAUGGUGGCAGUUAUGGCUUCCCAAUCAAGUACCUCUUCCGCCACGAACGUCGUUGGCUGAUGCACCCGUUAUCCCGCUUGAAGAUGCUUCCCACUUAUCCAAAUUAACUUAUUCUUGGAUCACGCCAAUGAUGGUGCUAGGAUACCGAAGGACCCUUCAAGCACCUGAUCUUUGGAAGUUAAACUCCAGCCAAGAGUCGGGACUUCUUUCAGAGCAAUUAGAUGCCGCAUGGGAUCGUCGAGUAAAACGCGCUCGGGAAUGGAACAUGAUGUUGGAUUCUGGGAAAAUGAGGCCGAGCAUCAUGCUACGCGCGUUUUGGAUGGCGCGGUCGUUGACGUACGGCGUUAACUACCAUGAACGCCUUAUUUUCCUAGAAAAUCAUUGGAAAACUGUUUCGGCACGACAAACCCCAAGUCUGGCAUGGGCACUCAAUGAUGUAUUCGGUAGCAUGUUUUGGAUUGGCGGUGCUUUCAAGGUUUUAGGAGACACAGCACAACUUAUGGGGCCUCUCCUUGUCAAGGCUAUCAUCAAUUUUGCCAAAGCUCGUGCUGCUGACCGUUCCGAAGGAACAGAAGCACCAAAUGUUGGCCGUGGAAUAGGGAUGGCCAUAGGACUCUUCUGCAUCGUAAUUGUGACAAGCCUUGCAUCGCACCAGUUUUUCUGGCGCUCCAUGACUACAGGCGUGUUAGCGCGUGCAGCGCUCAUUCAUUCUAUUUAUAAACGAGGCGUGGUGUUGACCGGGAAGGCUAGAACUCAAUUUUCCAACGCUGCUAUUAUCAACCACAUAUCCACUGAUGUCAGUAGGAUAGACGCCGCCUCGCAGUGGUUUCAUGCAGGCUGGACCGCACCAAUUCAAGUGAUGGUUUGCUUGAUCAUCUUGCUCGUUCAGUUGGGGCCCUCCGUAUUGGCUGGGUUUUUGCUAUUCCUCCUCGUUGCCCCAGUCCAAGAGCGUCUCAUGGCGCAUCGAUUCUCCAUCGGUUCAAGAUCUAUGAAAUUCACAGAUGAACGGGCAAACACCUUUUUGGAGGCAUUAGGUGCUAUGCGAAUUGUGAAAUAUUUCACCUAUGAAGAACCGCUUCUGGAACGCAUCGACAACGUUCGAAACAAGGAGCUGGUGGGUAUUCGCCAAAUGCACCAUGCCCAAUCAGCAAACACAGCGUUUGCAUAUUCAAUACCUGUCUUGGCCUCCACCCUUGCGUUCGUGACAUAUACUAGCACAACAGCGUCUUUUGAUGCUGCGAUCAUCUUCGCCUCUUUGAGUCUUUUCAACCUACUGCGCCAGCCCAUGAUGUUCUUGCCAAGAGCGCUGUCUGUAACUGCAGAUGCUCGAAACGCGCUUAAAAGACUAUCCGGCAUAUUCCAUGCAGAAACUAUGACAGAAGAUUCAUUUGUUGUAAAUUCUCAACAAGGGCCGGCUUUAAAGGUAUCUGAUGCGACGUUCGAAUGGGAAUUACCUUCUUCCAUUGCCGAAAAUGACCUCACAAAGUUGGAAGACGGAAUAUCGACUGAAGAGAAUGCUGAUCAACCGUUUCGUGUGUCCAACAUCAAUAUGGAGGUGCCACGAAAACGUUUAGUCGCCGUUGUCGGUCGAGUUGGCUCAGGAAAGUCGAGUCUACUUCAAGGUUUGAUCGGCGAAAUGAGAAAAAUAUCUGGCGACCUUUCAUUCAGAGGUCCGGUUGCAUAUUGUCCACAGACAGCUUGGAUUCAAAAUGCAACUCUAAGAGAUAACAUUCUCUUUGGACAGCCGUUGGAUGAAGCGAGGUAUUGGGGAGUAGUCGAAAAGGCCUGUCUACUUCCCGACUUACAGAUGUUACCGGACGGAGAUUUAACCGAGAUCGGGGAGAAGGGUAUCAAUCUAAGCGGCGGACAAAAGCAGAGAGUGAACAUUGCGAGAGCCCUAUAUUAUAAUGCUGAUGUCCUUUUGUUUGAUGACCCACUUUCCGCCGUCGAUGCUCACGUCGGGAAGUCCCUCUUUCACGGAGCAAUUCUUCCCCUUGUCCAAGAAGGGAAGACCGUGAUACUCGUUACGCAUGCGGUACACUUCCUCUCUCACUGCGAUUAUGUCUACACUUUACACAACGGUUGUAUAAUCGAGCAAGGAACGUAUCAGCAACUUCUCGCCGACGAUGGUGAUUUUGCUCGACUUGUGACAGAAUUCGGAGGAACCAGUGCUUCCUCGGAGACAUCGAAUAUUAACGAUGACGACGGCUUGGAGGAGAUCAAGUCGAAGUCUGCUCAAGCGAGUGGUAAGGGUACAGGCAAGCUCGAAGGUAGACUCAUGGUAAAAGAACGACGCACAACUGGAUCGCUGCCAUGGGCAGUUUACCGAAGUUACUUCACGGCUGGUGGAGGUUUUCUCAGUGCUCCCUUUGUUGCACUUGCACUCAUCUUGAUGCAAGGAAGCCAAAUUCUUAGUUCUUACACUUUGGUCUGGUGGCAAGCGAACGCCUUCGACCGUCCGUUUUCCUUCUACCAGGUCCUUUAUGCAGGCCUCGGGUUGUCACAGGCUCUGUUUACAAUGUUGUUGGGUAUAUCCAUCGACAUAAUGUCAUCGCUUAUAUCAAGGAACCUGCACAAGAGCGCCUUGUGGAAUAUUUUCCAUGCCACGAUGGCUUUCUUCGACACAACGCCAAUGGGACGAAUACUAGGAAUAUUUGGCAAAGACAUUGACUCGAUUGAUAAUCAGCUCCCUACGUCCAUGAGAUUAUUUGUGAUUACUAUGUCCAACGUCAUGGGGGCCGUCAUAAUCAUUACUGUUCUUGAACACUAUUUCAUUAUCGCUGUGUUCAUCAUUGCGUUUGGCUACCAAUAUUUUGCGUCGUUCUAUCGCGCAAGCGCCCGAGAGAUGAGGAGAUUAGAUGGCAUGCUUCGCUCAGUUCUGUAUGCACACCUUUCCGAGUCCCUAACCGGCCUACCUACGAUUCGAGCAUACAGAGAGAUUCCGCGAUUUUUAAAUGAUAAUUGUUUUUACAUCGAUCUUGAGAACCGGGCGCUCAUCCUAACUGUUACCAACCAACGCUGGUUAGCCGUAAGGCUUGACGCUCUAGGUGCCGUGCUGGUUCUCUGCGCAGCGGUAUUCGCUGUCGUCGGUGUCUCAGGAAUCAGUCCUGCCGAGAUUGGCCUGGUGCUGACCUAUUCAACGACGCUAACUCAGUUAUGCGGUAUGGUAACCAGGCAAUCCGCUGAAGUCGAGAACUAUAUGAAUGCCGUGGAACGAGUUCUCAGCUAUAGCAAAGGAGAGGUUGUUGACCAGGAGGCCCCUUAUCAGACGGAUGCAGACAAAUCAACUACCCAGUUGACUCACGGUAGCAUUCAGUUUCGCGAUGUCGCGAUGAGUUAUCGACCCGGUAUGCCUCAGGUACUCCGUGGUAUCACACUAGAUAUACAGGGCGGCGAAAAAAUUGGCAUUGUAGGAAGGACAGGUGCCGGAAAAUCGUCACUCAUGUUGACGCUUCUGCGAAUAGUAGAGUAUUCCGGUGAGAUACACAUCGACAGGGACGACAUCUCGAAGAUGGGUCUGAAAAGCCUACGCUCCAAAAUGGCGAUUAUCCCGCAGGAUGUAGGGACCGUAAGAUCUACCUUGGACCCAUUCUCGAUAUACGAUGAUGCAAAAUUAUGGGAUGCUCUCAAGCGUUCUUUUCUUGUAGAUGAACAUCCACCGACUGCCAACAGCUCGACAACCGAAGUCGAAAUUCACCAGAACCGUAUCACUUUGGAUACAGUCGUAGAGCCAGAAGGGUUGAAUUUCAGCGUAGGGCAGCGGUCUUUGCUCAGUCUGGCGCGCGCCCUGGUAAAAGACACUAAGAUAGUCAUUUUGGAUGAGGCCACGGCUUCCGUUGAUGUAGAAACGGAUCAGAAGAUUCAGCAAACCAUCCAGCACCAAUUUCGAGAUCGCACUCUCUUAUGCAUCGCACAUCGCCUACGAACGAUCAUUUCGUACGAUCGUGUGUUGGUAUUGGAAGAAGGGCAAAUCGCUGAGUUUGACAGUCCCUCGAAUCUAUUUUUACAUGAAGAUGGCAUAUUUCGUGGGCUGUGCGAUCGGAGCAACAUAUCGUUUGACGAUAUUGAGCAGGCGGUCAAGUCAACUUGAUCUGUCAUAUUCGGGACAACUUGUCGACUACCAAGUCAAGUAAUUUUUCAGGCCCUUAAGAGGGUCAAUUCUGUACAUGGACUGGCUAUCCAUGUGGUUCUAUAUGUGUACAUAAAGUAUGAGAGAGUGUGAAGUGUGUAGUGACAUAAGUAGUUCAGUUAUGGCUGGGAUCUAUAAUCUGUUGAAAGUACAGAGGAGAGUACAGUAUAGAGAAUUAGAUUAGCCUCUCAAGAGAGAGACAUUGUACUUAUAUAUUCCUACUCCUGUAGUAAUUACAAGUACAAGAUUAUCAAGC